CAAAGUUAUUAACAUUGGUUAGGUUAUUAAGAAAUAUGUUAAAGUUAUGCAAAAUAACUUUAUAAUUUUGCUCUACAAAGAAAAAAAAUGCAAGACGGCACAAAAUUAGCUUAAACGUAGCUUAUUAGCUAAGUUAGCUAAAAAUACUGUUAUAUAAUGUAGCCAAUAAGAUGACUUAUUUUAGUUGGUGAUUCAGAUAAUGUUUUCUACAAGAGCGGCCUCUUCUGUUCAAAUUGGACACCAACAGACUGACAUGACAAGUGACGCUAAAAUCUAUAACAUUUUGGUAUUAAAAAUGUACUUUUACCUCCAUUUUUUUUAAAGAGUUGCUUUUUGUUUCCUCUGAACAACAUUUUUCAAAUGUAAAGCGGGGUUGUUUGUCAAAAUAGUGCAUUGUCGUUUCACAGUAAUGUUUAACCAGCCAUGACUUGGCUUUUUUAACCCUGAACAUGAGUUUGUUCGUGUGUUCCUAAAAUAACAGGAAGCUGCUGACACUGCAUGUUCUUGUGUCUUUCUCUGUAGGUUGAGGGAAAUGGAAAAUGGAGUCCUGACAUGGCUGGUUAACAAGCAGUAAGGCCACUACGUAGAAGCUUGGAGUUGGAUAAUGAUGCAGGAUUUCAGCAAGCAGUGAGGACAAGUCAUGGAAGAAGACCUCCUAUGACGGCCAAGUUUCCUGGCACAGCUAUUGGAGCUCGUCCUCUUGCUACUUCAUUUGGUCCUCGGACUUCUAUGACCUCAUCAAUGGGCAGACCAAUGACUGGAGCUGUGCUGGAUGGAGCUGCCCGACCCAUGACCGCAGUCAGAGCUGCAGGUUACACAUCAUCACUGACCCGUGGUUCAACCUUUGACCCUUUGGGUCAGUCCAGAGGCCCUGCUCCUCCUUUGGAAUUAAAGACUGAGGAUACGCCUGAGGAGAAGAUCAAAAUCCUGGAAAAAAAAGUAAAUGACCUAAUAGAAGAGAGUUCCAUGGCACAGAGCAUGGGAGCCCUGCAGCUGGCUCUUGAAAAAGCAAAAGAAGCGGGGAGGAAGGAGAGAGCUCUGGUGAGGCAGAGAGAACAGUCUGGAAAUGGAGACCACAUCAAUUUAGAUCUCACUUACUCUGUUUUGCUGAACCUGGCCAACCAGUACGAGAACAAUGAAAUGUACCCAGAGGCUCUGAACAGUUACCAGGUCAUAGUAAAGAACAAGAUGUUCAGCAAUGCAGGCCGGCUCAAAGUCAACAUGGCCAACAUCUACUUCCAACAGAAAAACUACCCCAAAGCCAUCAAGUUCUACCGCAUGGCCCUGGACCAGAUCUCCAAUGCUCACAAGGAGAUGAGGAUCAAGAUCAUGCAGAACAUUGGUGUGGUUUUCAUACGUAUGGGCCAGUAUUCAGAUGCCAUUACGUCCUUCAGUCACAUCAUGGGCGAGAGCCCCAACAUUAAGACUGGCUUCAACCUCAUUCUGUGCUACUACGCCAUCGGAGACAGAGAGAUGAUGAAGAAGGCCUUUCAGAACCUCAUCUCUGUCCCUCUGGGAAUCGAUGACGAGGACAAGUACAUCCCAUCCAACGACGACCCCAGUUCAAACAUGGUGGUUGAAGCCAUUAAGAACGACAAGCUUCACCAGAUGGAGAGAAAUCUAAAAUCCCUGACUGAAAAAUACAUCAUGACGGCUGCCAAGCUCAUUGCUCCUGCUAUUGAAACUUCAUUUGCUGCUGGAUUCGACUGGUGUGUGGACAUGGUGAAAGGUUCCCAGUAUGUUGAACUGGCCAACGAUCUGGAGAUCAACAAAGCCAUCACCUACCUCAGACAGAAGGACUUCAACCAAAUUGAGGCAGUAGAAACCUUGAAAACGUUUGAGAAGAAGGACAGCAGAGUGAAGAGUGCGGCAGCCACCAACCUCUCUUUCCUUUACUUCCUGGAGAAGGACUAUGACCAGGCUGACCGUUAUUCUGAUCUGGCCAUGAACGCAGACCGCUACAAUCCAGCCGCUCUGAUCAACAAGGGCAACACGGUGUUUGUCAGACAGGACUACGAGAAGGCAGCAGAGUUCUACAAAGAGGCUCUGAGGAACGACUCCUCCUGCACUGAGGCCCUGUACAACCUCGGGCUGUGCUAUAAGAAACUCAGCCGUCUGGACGAGGCUCUGGACUGUUUCCUCAAGCUCCAUGCUAUUCUGAGGAACAGUGCUCAGGUCAUGUACCAGCUGGCCCAAAUCUAUGAACUCCUGGAGGAUCCCCAACAGGCCAUUGAGUGGUUGAUGCAGGUGAUCAGUGUGAUCCCCACUGACCCUAAGAUACUGGCCAAACUGGGAGAGUUACAUGACGCAGAGGGCGACAAGUCCCAGGCGUUUCAGUACUACUAUGAGUCCUUCAGGUAUUUUCCGUCUAACAUUGAUGUGAUCGAGUGGCUGGGGGCCUACUACAUCGAGACUCAGUUCUGCGAAAAAGCCAUUCAGUAUUUUGAGAGAGCUACACUCAUACAACCAACACAGGUGAAGUGGCAGCUGAUGGUAGCGAGCUGCUACAGAAGGAGUGGAAACUACCAGAAAGCUUUGGGCACGUAUAAAGACAUCCACCGCAAGUUUCCAGAGAAUGUUGAAUGUCUGCGAUUUCUGGUGAGGCUAUGCACAGACAUAGGCCUGAAGGAAGUCCAGGAAUACGCCACCAGACUGAAGAAGGUGGAGAAGAUGAAGGAAAUCAGAGAACAGAGAGUGAAAUCAGGGCGAGAGGGCAGCGCCAGAGGUCGCAGAGAAGGCAGAGAUGGGAGCGCUGGGAGUGCAGACAGCAGCCACAGCAGCAGCAGUGCUAAAGGGGAGCGACUCAGCGCCAAGAUGCGAUCACUUCCUGCCUCCAACGAGCCCUACGAGACCAGCAGCCCGAAAGAGCUGGACGCAUCCUACGUGGACCCACUGGGACCUCAGAUGGAAAGACCAAAGACGGGAGCCAAGAGACGCGUGGAAGAGGACGAUUUUGCAGAUGAAGAGUUGGGAGACGACCUGCUGCCGGAGUAGCCGCUUCAAAAAAAA